GCCGGGUAGAUGGCGGUUCCAUCCCGGGUCAGGGCACCUGCAAGAACCAACCAAUAAAUGGGCAUGAAUAGAUGAAACAACAAAUCUCUAAUCUCUCUCUCCUCUCUCUCUCUCUCUCUCUCAUCAAUUAAGAAAAAAAAAAAGAGCUACUAGCCUCAGAAAAUCAGCGAAAUCAGCGGCAGAAGCGAAGCGGGGAGAAGAAAUUUUGGGUCUCGGCAGCCGCCGUAGAAGCAGCGCGCGGUUUCCAUGGCAACAGUAGGAAGCCCGGGAGGUUUGCGGGCUGUGCAGCCCCCGCGGCCCUUUGUGCCCAACGCGGCGCGGAAUCCGUGAACGGUCCGCGGCUCUGCAGCUCCUGCCUGGCGCGCUGUCCUGCCCCAUGGACGCCUCCUCUAGCCCUUGGAAUCCCACCCCGGCUCCCGUCAGCAGUCCUUCCCUGCUGCUCCCCAUCCCCGCCAUCGUCUUCAUCGCUGUGGGCAUCUAUUUGUUGCUGCUAGGCCUAGUGCUGCUGACGAGGCACUGCCUGCUGGCCCAAGGCUGCUGCACCGAUUGCAGCUCCCCCUGCAGGAAGCAAGGCGCCUCCAGGCCCCAGGACUGUUGCUGGACCUGUGCAGAAGCCUGCGACUUCCCUCUGCCCAGCCCAGCUCACUACCUGGAUGCCUGCUGCCCCCAGCCCACUGAAGCUGGCUGGGCCCCUCGCUGCCCUCGUUGCUGCCCACUCUGCGACUGUGCCUGUGCGUGCCAACUGCCUGACUGCCAGAGCCUCAACUGCCUCUGCUUCGAGAUCAAGCUCCGAUGAGGACCCCAGUCCCUGCCCUUGGGGGAGUGGUCAGCCCCCAGGGCCCACAUGCCCUCUUCCCUGAGGGGCCUCAGGCCACUGGAACCACGGAUGGGCUGCCUGGCUCACUGGCCUGGGAACCAGCAGUGGAGAACUUGGCUCUUAACAGAGCAAGACCUGGGGAGCCAUUGGCCGGCUAGACUGCAGUUCCUGCACAGGGACAACCAAAGAGGAGCCCCGCAGGUGCCCGGCCCUCCUCUUCCCCUCCCCAGUAAACGCAUGCUAACCA